AUGGCCACCACUCGUCUAACCCUAGCUCCUAUCCUCCUCAUCGCCGCCGUACUUCUCUCCACCGAGACAACGGCUCAGCCAACAGCCCCUGCUCCGGGCCCUGCUGGUCCCAUCAACCUCACACAGAUCCUCGAGAAAGGAGGUCAAUUCACUAAAUUUAUGCAUCUCCUAAACAUCACUCAAGUCGGUGCCCAAGUGAACAUUCAACUCAACAGUUCGUCUGAAGGCAUGACCGUGUUCGCUCCAACGGACAAUGCUUUUCAAAACCUUAAACCGGGAACCCUAAACAAGUUAACCGCAGACGAACAAGUCAAACUCAUUCUCUACCACGUUAGCCCCAAGUACUACAGUUUGGAUGAUCUCCUCUCCGUGAGUAACCCGGUUAGGACUCAAGCUUCCGGCCGAGACAACGGUGUUUACGGGCUUAACUUCACUGGUGAAGCGAACCAAGUCAAUGUAUCAACCGGUUACGUGGAGACACGUGUCAGCAACGCGUUGAGACAACAACGUCCUCUUGCAGUCUAUGUUGUUGACAUGGUUUUGUUGCCGGGUGAGAUGUUCGGAGAGAACAAGCUUUCGCCGAUUGCUCCUGCCCCCAAAUCUCCAUCAUCUGGGGUUUCCGAUGACUCCAACUCCACUAAAAAGGCGCCGGCCUCGCCUUCCGAUAAGUCAGGCUCCGGUGAGAGGAAAGCCGGACUAGGAUUUGGUAUUGGACUUGUUGUCUUGUGUUUGAAAUUUCUCUUCUGA